CUCUGUGGGUCAGUCAUGCGCGCGAUGAGCAGCUGAGCCAGCUGCCCGAGGAGCGGCCACCAAGAUGAUGAAGCCAUCACAAUCACAGUCACUGUCACGGUCACAGUCGCGGUCACACUCGCAAUGCCACUGGCAGAUCCCAGUGUGCCUUCUGCUGCUGCUGGUGCCCUCUUCCAGACAGUUCGAGACGGACUGUGGCUGUCGUCCAGCGCGUCGAGGACCGCGGAUAAUUGCUGGAGCUUCCACGAACGAGGGUCAGUUUCCCUGGCAGGCCUCCCUGGAGCUGCUGCACCCGUCGCUCGGAUUCCUGGGCCACUGGUGCGGGGCGGUGCUGAUCCACCAGUACUGGAUACUCUCCGCCGCCCACUGUGUUCACAACGAUCUCUUUAACCUGCCCAUUCCACCGCUGUGGACGGUGGUGCUGGGCGAACACGACCGCGAUGUGGAAUCGGGCAACGAGCAGCGCAUUCCCGUCGAGAAGAUCGUGAUGCACCACCGCUACCACAACUUCCGGCACGACGUGGUGCUGAUGAAGCUCUCCAAGCCGGCGGAUCUCGCCAGGGCCUCCAAUAUCAGGCGCAUCUGCCUGCCCUUCCUGCUGGCCGAAUCUCAGGAUCCUAUCCUUUCGGCAGACGUGUCUCCAGCAUCAUCGCCCACCGAUGAGGAUGUGCUCAUCCAGCAGCUGGAGCUGGAGGAUGUGCCCGAGAAGAUCGACAACUUCCUGCGCAGCGUCCAGAGCCGCCGGCGCUAUCGGAAUGUCACGGCGCCCAGCAUGAAGGAGCUGAUGAACAUGAAGAUCCUCAGCAGGAUGCGCCAAGCGCUGGCGCAACGCUCCCCGCGCAGUUUAAAACGUUCGCGAAGGCGGAACGAUAAGCUCAUGAAGCUGGGUCCUCGGAGGGAUUUGGAGGAUUCAGUGGAGCAGAAGCAUCUCAAAGUCAGCGAGGAGCCAAAGGAAAUGGCCUUUGUGGACUGCGUGGCCACGGGAUGGGGCAAGGCCAAUAUCAGUGGUGAUCUCUCCAAUCAGCUGCUAAAAACACAGGUGCCACUGCAUCAGAAUGGCAGGUGCAAGGACGCCUACGGCAGCUUCGUGAACAUCCACGGCGGUCACCUGUGCGCCGGCAAGCUGAACGGCGAGGGCGGCACUUGCGUGGGCGACUCCGGCGGACCGCUGCAGUGCCGCCUGAGCCGCGACGGACCCUGGAUCCUGGUGGGGGUCACCUCCUUCGGCUCGGGCUGUGCCCUGGAGGGCUUUCCGGACGUCUACACCCGCACCUCGUACUACAUGAAGUGGAUCGAGGACACCAUUGCCGCCCACUGAAUCAAAAUCA